AUGGAGCGCUUCCGCAACAUGCUCCAGUCCCAAGGCCUCGGUGGCCUGGGCAGUCAGCCCGGAACGGACAACACACAGCUCAUCGAUAACUCUGAGACCGUCUACAUCUCUUCCCUCGCCCUCCUCAAGAUGCUGCGACACGGCCGCGCUGGUGUUCCCAUGGAAGUCAUGGGUCUGAUGCUGGGAGAGUUCGUCGACGACUUCACGGUGCGCGUGGUGGAUGUCUUUGCCAUGCCUCAGAGCGGUACCGGUGUUAGUGUAGAGGCGGUCGACCCUGUCUUCCAAAUGAAGAUGAUGGACAUGUUGAGACAAACCGGAAGACCCGAAGCCGUCGUCGGCUGGUACCACUCCCAUCCGGGUUUCGGAUGCUGGCUUUCCUCCGUCGAUAUCAACACGCAGCAGUCUUUCGAGCAGCUGACCCCUCGCGCCGUCGCCGUCGUCGUCGACCCCAUCCAAUCCGUCAAGGGCAAGGUCGUCAUUGACGCCUUCCGCCUCAUCAACCCCCAGUCGCUCAUGCUUGGUCAAGAGCCUCGUCAGAGCACAAGUAACUUGGGACACCUCAACAAGCCCUCAAUUCAGGCUCUGAUUCACGGCCUUAACCGACACUACUACUCGAUCGGCAUCAACUACCGGAAGACGGCGCUGGAGGAGAACAUGUUGAUGAACCUGCACAAGCACGUUUGGACCGAGGCGUUGGAGAUGAACGACUUCAGGGCCGAGGCCGACUGCAACAAGGAGCGUCUGGAGCGUCUCGUCAGUCUGGCCGAGGGCUACGAGAAGCGCGUCAAGGAGGAGACGGAGCUCACCAAGGAUCAGCUCAAGACCCGCUACGUCGGCAAGCUCGACCCCAAGAAGCAUUUGGAAGACGUCGGCCAGCAGUUGAUCGAGGACAACAUCGUUUCCGUGUCGAGACAGAUGAUCGACAAGGAGGCGACGAUGCCCAAAAAGGACGGUGCCAAGGGCCAAUCAAACGGCGAUUCGAUGGACGUGGAGGAGGAGUUCUACCAAGCCUUCCUACUAGAGACCUCCGCAACCAUGCAAUAUGCUCCAUCUAUCGCAGACAGUCAGUACACCGAUGUCUCUCUCCCUCCAUCACCGCCUCUUCGCAUGUCCAGAUCAACCUUGUUCGAAGUACUCCACCGUAUCGGGCACGCCUUCUCCCAUGUGCAGUACGCCGUCUGCGGCACGGCCGCCAUGGUGGCUUUCGGCUUUGACAAGCGCAAGCCGACGCACGUUAGUAUCGUCUGCCCGUCCCACACUAGAGACGUGCUGGCUUCAUGGGCCGUGGCCGGCGGCAUGAUGCUAUACCCAUCCAAGCCCAACGAAAUCGGCGUGCCUGUUGACGGAGACACGUGGAUGAUCCAGGUCAAGUACCUCGAGACGGACGAUAAUCACAGGUUCGAGCGGCUGAACGCUUGUCACUUCAACUUUGGGGGUGACGAGGUUACCACGGCGGUCUUGACUCCGGCAGCUCAACUCGAGCAGAUUGCCCAGGUGUACAUUGACCCGCGGUACAACCAGAGCUGGCGGUACAAGGAGAGGUUAGGAGGCGAUGCCAUCUGGCUGUUGGAACAGAUGUGUAAGGAGGACGUGCACAAGGUUGGGAUGAUUUUGAGGAAUGCGAACAUCCCGACGAUUAGGGACCAGAGGUUUUGGCUUGUUUUCACGACGGCGCAUCCCGAGGCUGUUGGAUUGUUCUACGAUGCUGGGUUGAGGGAUGAAGAGGAACAGGUGAGUCUCAGCGAACGGGGCAACCGAAAGGAGUAUGAGCAUCAGCAUGAGCAAGACCAUGCACAUACGCAAGAGUAUAAACAAGGCCAUGCGCACACGCAGGAGUACGAGCAGUAUGAGCAGGAGUACGCGCACGAGUAUGAGCAGGAGUAUGAGCGGGAGAUUGAGCAAGAGUAUGAGCAGGAGCAGAGAUGA